ACAAGAAAGAUUCUAAAGAUAGAUGUGAAAGCUGCUACGCGUAACGUUAAUUUGAUGCAAGAUGCAACCGUUCUGAACAGUUUAGAACAACUUUACAAUGCGGGAAUUGCUCUGAGCUGUAAUUAUCUACGGAUGGACCUGGUGCCUGUCGGCUGAGACAUCAUUUACAAUCCGCGGCGAGACUGACGAGGCGGGACCGCCGACAGGAUGGUGGAGCGGUCGGACCGAGCCCCUCUGUUGGACUGGGAGGAGGUUCCGUCCGCGGAGAAGCCCGGCGGUGCGGCGCAGUCGGCAGCAAAGGAACGACUGUCGAGCCCCUCCAACAGUCGUGCCUCAUUAGGAUGCUCCGCGCCGGGGUUUGGGUGGAGCGGCGGUCUGGGGGGUCCCACUCCCAGCAGGUCUGUCUCCAACGCAGACGGCUGCAGCGCCCCACCCGCGACCUCCAGCACCCCGGCGGGCAAGGAUGAGGUGCUGCGAACCGACAGCGAGGAGCAUCCCUCGGAUACAGGGUCGAGGGAGGUGUCGCUGGAAGACAGAACGGUGAAAUGGGAGGAAAAGGACCAGAUUGUGUCCGUCUUUGUGGUUACAUUCAAUACUAGAUCAGGAAACAUGUUGGAGUGGUGUCUGCCCAAAGACAUGGACCUGGAGGGGGUGGAGUUCAAAGCCAUCGCCAGCGGCUCCCACAGAGUCACCACAGACUUCAUCUACUUCCGGAAAGGCUGCUACUUCGGCCUCGCCUGCUUUGCCAACAUGCCGGUGGAGAGCACGGUGGAGAGGGGGGCGAGGAUGAAGUCGGUAGGGAUCCUGUCUCCUUCCUACACCCUGCUCUACCGCUACAUGAGCUUCCUGGAGCACCAGGUUAGGCUCCAGCUUCAGUCCCCAGGCCACUACUCUCCCCUGGAGGCCUUCUAUGAGGACAAGAGAGCACUUCUGCCCCCCAGUGGUGAUGGUGUUGUUACUGCUUGUCCAGCCAAUGCCUGGGGAGCUGCAAUCAACCACAGCAUGCACCCUGAGAUGAAGAUCACCCACCCUGCGGGCUGUAUGUCCCAGUUCAUCCGUUUCUUUGGCGAGCAGAUCAUGGUGCUGUGGAAACUGGCUCUCCUCCGCAGGCGCAUCCUCAUCUUCUCCCCUCCACCUGUGGGCGUGGUCUGCUACAGAGUGUACUGCUGCUGUUGCCUGGCAAACAUCUCCAUCCCCGGGAUCGGCGUGGCUGUGCCUGAGUUCCGCCCCUUCUUCUAUGUCAACGUGGCCGAUAUCAGCGCCCUGGAGAACGAGCUCUCCUACGUUGCAUGUACUACUGAGAAGAUCUUUGAGGAGAAGAAGGAUCUCUAUGAUGUGUAUGUAGACAAUCAGAAUGUAAAGACCUGCAGAGACGGUCUGAAGCCUCUGCUCCGCCUCAGCACUGCAGACAGGGAGAAAUAUCGCAAACUCACUGAACAGAGGCAGAUGUUGCUGUACUCCCAGGAGGAGAACGGAGACUGUGUGUCCAGUGAAGAGGAUCUCUUUAUUCUGUUUUUCCUGGAGCAGAACAACAGGAUUUUCCAGACCCUCAGUGAAGUGGCAGGGAGCCCCGAUCCCACUCUGACCCAAGAGAGUGUGAGGGCCAUGGGUCUGGAUCCCCAUGGAGACAGGCUCUUCCUGCUCCAUCUGCUGGAGAUCUACGGCUACGACACCCUGCUGGUGUCAGAGCAGCUGUGCUGCAGUUGAGAGAACAGUCGUCUGGCUUUCUGCCUUUCAUCGCUGCUGGUUUUAAAAGAGGGUUGAGCUUUGAGUGCUGCACUACUGGGCUACUGGAGUCUUCAGGACAGUUU